CAAUGUCCCAGUAUAAACACAGGUUAAAUAUGCCGGUUCAGACAGCUGAGCACGGUAGCUCAAGUGAACCCAGCCUCUGCGCCCGGGGGAAAUACAUAUCCUGUUUGACAGGCUGGGCAAGUGUUUACGAAAAGAAAGAGGCAUUACUUCUGUCUCAGAUUGGCCUCUGGGCAGUUUCAGUCUAGACAAUUAUACAGAGUGCACAAUAUAUAAUAAUGUGCCCUAUACUCAUAGCCUCCAUUACGAACAAAUAGGCUACAAAACCAGGGGUCUUUUGUGGGAACACAUAGCCUGUAGACCUACACAAAAUGGCCUACAGAAGAUAUUUAAACAUGAACUGUUUCAUUGAUACAGUAUCGCCUACUUUUAUCAACCAGACCUAGCGAAAAUGCUUUGAAACUGCUCUCGAAUUACAUAAUUGAGUGAUUAAGAAAGCCAACGAAAGAGUGGUCUAAGUCGCCAAACUCAGUUCAGAAAAGUGGGGGAGGAGAAAAAAGAGGCGGAUGAAAAGACACAGGUAGACUCGUCAGUCGUGGGAAUGUUACUACCUAGAGAGUUCGCUUUGGAUACCGGAGAGUUAAAUUGGCCAAGACACCUGUUAGUCUGUUUUAUAGCGAAACCGUUUAAACCUAGGGGAUUGCGAUACUUUCCUAUUCAGCAGCAGAAGACAAAGACGGAUUAUGGAAAUACCUUGAAUUGAAUCAGUCGAAUUUACGGUCGAAUAUGCGAGAAGAUUGGACUAAUGAGAACACGGAAAUGUAGGCUGAGGCCUCGCUUCUUGUAUGACGGUGAAACAUCUCCAAUCACAUAUCGGACUUUUUGUAGACUAUGUAGCCUAUUGGCCUUACAAAUGUAAACAAAUACAGUGGUUGAAACUUAGAGUGUGUAGGAUCGUGUCAUGAUUAUGGACCAGGACACUCAAUGGUUGCACCAGCUCCUGGCCGAGGUCCAGUUGGAGCAGUUCUACCUAAGGCUUCGAGAUGGACUCAAUAUCACUCGGAUUGAGCACCUGAAUUAUGUGAAGGAAUCUGAUCUUGAAGCGAUUGGCAUCAGUAGGCCAGGACAGCGAAGACUUUGGGAAGGCGUUAAGCGUUAUAAGACCAAUACGCGACCACGCUCAUGGAUGAACAAGGUGUUCAGUGGUCGAGGCCCAGAGGGGAGUGACCAGUGGAGUGGCAGCGGGUCGGGGCCGGAGAUGGGCCGAGCUCUCACCUGUCUGAUCCAGGACAGUGAGCUGCUGCUGGGGGAGAAGCUGGGCUCGGGCUCCUUUGGGGUGGUGAAGAGGGGCGAGUGGCACACCCCAACAGGAAGAGUCCUCCCAGUGGCAGUUAAGUCGUUAAGGAGCAGUCUGUCGAGGCAAACGGACACAAUGACGGACUUCUUACAGGAGGUUACAGUCAUGCAGUCCCUUGAUCACCCCAACAUCAUUCGUCUUUAUGGGGUCGUUCUCACGCAACCCCUUAAAAUGGUGACAGAGUUAGCCCCGGUGGGCUCCCUGUAUGAUAUGCUGCGCUCGCGCCAGUGUGAGUACCCACUCGCCCGCCUCUGGCUCUUCAGCGUCCAGAUUGCAGCUGGCAUGGAGUAUCUGGAAAGCAGGCGCUUCAUCCACAGAGACCUGGCGGCCCGGAAUGUUCUUCUGUCCUCCAGAGAGAUGGUGAAAAUUGGAGACUUUGGUCUGAUGAGGGGCCUGGGGCAGGACAAGGACCACUACGUCAUGACGGCACACAAACGCAUCCCUUUUGCCUGGUGUGCUCCAGAGAGUCUGCGAGUGGGCUCUUUUUCCCAUGCCUCAGAUGUAUGGAUGUUUGGAGUCACUCUCUGGGAGAUGUUCACAUACUGUGAGGAGCCCUGGCUUGGUCUGUCAGGCAGACAGAUCCUGUUCCGUGUGGAGAGAGAGGGAGAUCGUCUGGAGCGCCCCACAGACUGCCCUCAGGAACUCUUCGCUGUGAUGCGGAGAUGCUGGGCCGGCAACCCAAGCGACAGACCCACUUUGGAUCUCACACUGCUGGUGGCAGAGGCGAAGCCUAGGGAGGUUCGUGCCGUCAUGGACUCCACCGAGCACAGGAAACUCAGCCUACAGACCAAUGACCCGGUGACUGUUAUAGACCACGGGCCGGAGCUGUUCGAGUGGAAAGGGCAGAACCAGAGAACCCUGAGUGUUGGCUGGUUCCCUGCAGCCCUGACGGCCCCCGCGGCCGCCCCGCCGCCUCCAGGGUCCAACCCCUCGGGACCGGUGCAGAUCUCUGCCCCACUGAGGGGCAGCCUCCAGCACAGGGGGCACGGGGACCUUCAUCCCGAUCGCAGCUGGGGGACCCCGGAGAACAUAGACGACAGCACACCCUGGAAGGUUGCAUUGGCCCGGGAGAAGGAGGGCUCCAACCUGCAGAAAAUGGCAGGAUUUUCCAAGAGUUUAGAGUCUGUCCUGGGUGGCGCGCCAAGCACAGAGCGAGUGAGUAACUCUGGGGGCAGACCAGUCGCCCGCAGGCCCAUGCCCACGGUCCUCGUCGGAGGUCACGUUGUUCAGGACACUCGUCGUUUCAGUGAUGCGAGCAUCCCCCCACCGCGCCCACCUCCCCCUAACUUCAAACAGUUAAAGGCCCAGUUUGUUGGCCGGGACCGCCGGGUGACUCAAGGCCCAGUACCGUGGCCUCCUCCUCAGUAUCCACAAUUUCUGCAGCCACAGGCACAGCCACAGCAUGGCGGUGGACCCAGCAACCUGACCAGAAUGGGCCACUUGGCUCGAUCCACGCCCCUGCUGGAUGACAGCGGGGACAAAGACAGGGAGAGAGAGAGAGGACGGGAGAAAUACCCACCACACAUGCAGCUGGAUAAGGAAGGAUUAAUCAAACAGGUACUUGAGGCUGUCCACGGAGCGACCAGUGAGGAAGCACGAGCUUCACUCAUCAGGAACGACUGGAACCCAGUGAAGGCGGAGCAGCAGCUCAAGAUCGGGCAUCUGUACUUCAUGAGCGCGUGUUCCAAAGAGGACUGCCACAGAAUCCUCUCCAGACACAAGUGGGACCUGCAGCAGGCCAGUCGAUACAUAAUCAGGAUGAUCAAGGAAGAGAGGGGGAGAGAGAGAGGGAGAGAGAGGGAGACGGCGGACACAGCGCCGGACAGAAGAGGAGCAGAACGGGUGUAGAAAGAGCCCAAAAUAAACCUGACCAGGAACAAACAAAUGGACGUUUUUUAUCACAAUUUGAAUUAUAUUAACCUUUUAUAGUUUCUUAACAAAGAGAUUUAUUUCUAGAUUUCUAGAAGUCCAAAACUAGAUUUUUAUCCUGAGAAAAUGUCAAACCUUUUGUAAUGGAUGAAUUCAAUAAAUGUCAGUUGGUUUAAUCUGACUAAAACAUGUCAUA